AUGGAGCUACUCCCCAAGCUCGCAGCUCUCGCGGCUGAGUCCUCUUCGCCCGUCUCGAUCAUGGCUUCUCAGGGCUACGUCCAAGUCACUCUGAUAUGGGUAGUCUACGCUAUUGCUGUGGUGCUCUUGCUGGCCAUCGCAUCACUCUUCGUCUACCUAUACCAAACCCAUCGCGAUCGGUCGGCCUACGUUACCACUGUUUGCAUCUUCACCAUAACCUGUCUGCUGGCAACUGUUCUCCUCCUUCCAGUCGAUGUGGCCCUGGUCUCGUCAACGACCAGUUCCAAGCACGGCAUCCGUAAAGACUGGGCUACACAGGACAAGGUGGAUCAGAUUACAUACACUCUGAGGAUCGUCUACUACCUGCUGUACUCUCUGGAUGCCUUGUUGUGUCUACUCGUCAUCCCCUUCACCUACUUCUGGUAUGAGGAAUACGAUGAAGUUGCCGAAGAGGAAGGCUCCCAGACGUUUGCUACCAGAUUCUGGGCCGCGUUCAAGUACACGAUCGUGUUUGUCUUUCUCUGCGUGGCCUUGUUCCUGGUUGGGUUCUUCAUUCCGGUUGCGAAGCACCGGGAAGGCGCCCAUUUCGAUCUCGAUUUCUUCAAAAACCUGCUGGCCGAAAACCAUGGAGAACGGGCAUUGACUUUUGCACUGGGGCUAUUGAUCACUAUCGGUAUCAUCAUUUACUGUUUCUACACUGCUGCUGGGUUGGCUUUGCUACCUCUCACACUCAUCAAAUCAGCUCCGGGCGUUUCGGCUCCCGCGAUGGGCGAGUCCACAGCAACUCAACUCGAAAGCAACCUAGAGCGCCAGAGACAAUUGGAAGGCCGCGCUCAAGGCAAUAGCAACGGGCUAUCAUCAAAAGACCAACGCGAGCUAGAUGCACUGGUUCGCGAAGAACGCACAUUACGCCGCCACCAGCGUAUUGCUGAGGAAAAUUCUGGCGAGGGACAGAACUUCUUUUGGAAAGUAUGGGUCAAAAUUGGCGCCGUCUUGCGUCCGAUCAAGCUCAUUCUCGGACUCCUCCUCGUCGUUGUCGUUCUCCUCAUCUUUGCCAGUAUGCUCAUCACUGCCAUCGACAAGGCCAAGAACUCGGUCUGCAAGAAGCACUGUGGCUAUCUCUUGGGUCACAUCAACAUUUUCCAGCCUGUUAACUGGAUCCUGGUCAAGACUGCCAAGGUGUUCCCCAUCGACUAUGUCAUUUUCUUGCUGAUUACGAUGCUCUUCUUUUGCGCCAGUGUUGUUGGUAUCGCCACAAUCGGCAUUCGUCUGCUUUGGAUCACCAUAUUUCGCAUUAGAAAGGCCCAUACUUCACCCCAGGCUCUACUGAUUGCAACAGUAAUGCUUACCUUGAUGACUCUCGGAACCAAUUACGCCAUUGCUAUGUUGGUGGCGCCUCAGUAUGCCACCUUCGGUCCACAGACUUUCUGUGACCACCCGCUGCGUCACCCAGGCGAGCAGCCUGACUGCACCAAUCAUCAGCAACAUAUCAUUGCAUGCACUGAGGCGACGAAGAACUCGGCUGCCAAGAAUGUCUGCACGCCUUCGGUCGCUUCGACAUUUCUAAACCGGGUCACUGUCAACUUCCCCUUUUUCGGUGUGAUCGAUUUCUGGGCGCAAUUUGCGUUCAUGGGCAUUUUCCUCCUCGCAUUCGUGCUACUACUCUUCCGAACUCCAAAGUUGUCAGACUCGGAUUCUGAGGAAGAUGCUAUCGAAGAGGAGGAGGAAGGCCUUCUCGCGAGUACUGGCCGACGCUUUGGUGCUACAUGGCAGGACAUCACCGGGCGUGUGAGUCACGAUGGGAGGAAAGGUCAGCCCAGUGGACGGGGUCUCCGAGACAACGCUGACGGCGACGAUUAA